AUGAUCGGGGUUUUAGCAGUUGUUUUUUUUGUUUUGUUUUUCCGUGCUCAUGGACAAGGAUUGAGCACUGAAUCUCCAUCGCAUACGCCGGCUAUUCCAUUCAUGGAUUUAUUUACUGGUGCGUCAAGUUACUACUCGGAACCUAUACGUAAAACAUAUUCUGACCACGAUUAUUCCAUAUCAUGUCCAAAAUCUGAUACUCUGAGUAGCUUCGCGAAUUUAUUGAGCAGUGCUGCUAAAAUUAUGAUAUCGGCUGCAAUUAUUGUCUUUUUGAAAGUUAUGGUUGGAAAAUUAAUGUUGUUCCCACUUACUUUUGUUAUAUUAGGCAAAUUAGGUUUGAAACUAUUCUUUUUGUGGCCGAUGAUAUCCAAGAUGAUGAAGCAUUUUAAAAAGAAAAAGAAGAAAGGACAUAAAGCAAGAAUGAUCACAGACUGUUCACAAAGGAUUGCUUGUGUUAUUGAAAGAUCUUCAAAAGAAUGGGGCAGUAAUUUAGGAGCCGCCGUUACGUUUUUUUUAAUAGAUGAUGUGGAUAAAGACAGUUCUUAUGCUAAAGCUAUGUUGCAUAUUUUAGCUGGUGAUAACGUAGCGGAGUGCAUGUCAGUGGAUUGUAAUUCUGGCAUUGAUAUAAGUUGA